GCUCCCGAGGGUAUGGAUGUAGCUCUUGGACCGCAGGCUCUCCUGCUCACCUGCCCCGCGCUGCCCCAGGUGUCCGGUCUCCAUCUCUCUAACCUCCCCUGAUCGCGGAACCGCGAGGAGGACCCCAGGGAGAGCUCAGAGCGGGCCCAGAUGGACUCAGUGGUCUUUGAGGAUGUGGCUGUGGACUUCACCCCAGAGGAGUGGGCUUUGUUGGAUCUGGCUCAAAGGAACCUCUACAGAGAUGUGAUGCUGGAGACCUUCACGAACCUGGCCUCAGUAGGGGAAAACUGGAAAUGCCAUAACACUGAAGAACAGCACAAGAACCAGGGAACACAUUUGAGAUGUCAUGUGAUGGACAUAUCCUCAGAAAGUAAAGAAACUAAUCAGGGUGGAGAAACCAGCGGGAUUUCCAAUCUUAUUGUACUUAAGAGACUUUCUGCUAGAGUAAAAUCCUAUGAAUACAAUAAAUUUGAAAAAGCCAUCAUCGAUUCUUCAUCACUAAAGAGUCCCAUAGCAUCACCUCAACAUGGACAAAAACCCUAUCAAUGUAAGGAAUGUGGGAGAACUUUUAUUUCUUACUCAUCCUUCAGGGCACACAUAAGAGCUCACACUGAAGAGAAACCCUACGCAUGUAAAGAAUGUGGAAAAGCCUUUAUAUAUUUCUCCAAACUUAGAGUCCAUAUGAGAACUCACACUGGCGAGAAGCCUUAUGAAUGUGAAAAAUGUGGGAAAACCUUCAGAUCUCCUUCAAACCUUUGGACACAUAGAGAAACUCAUACCGUUGAGAAACCCUAUGCUUGUAAAGAGUGCAGUAAAUCCUUCUCUUCUCCCUCUUCUCUUAGAAAACAUGUGAAGGUUCACAGUGCAGAAAAAACCUAUGAAUGUAAAGACUGUGGAAAAGCCUUCCUUCAUUCUUUUUACCUGAUCAUACAUGCAAGGAUGCACACUGGAGAGAAAGCCUAUAGAUGUGUGGAAUGUGGGAAAGCCUACAGCUGGCCCUCAGACCUUAGGAUUCACAUGAGGACACACUCAGGCGAAAAGCCUUAUGAAUGUAAACAGUGUGGAAAAUCUUUCAGUUCUCCUUCAUCUUUCAAGGGACAUUUGCGAACUCACACUGGAGAGAAACCAUAUGCAUGUAAUGAAUGUGGGAAAGCCUUUGGUAGUCCUUCAUACUUUAGAACACAUGUGCGGAUUCAUACUGGAGAGAAACCCUAUGUAUGUAAGCAAUGCGGGAAAGCUUUCAGUUGGUCAUCAUCUUUUCGAGGACAUUUGAGAACUCACAGUAGAGAGAAACCCUAUGAAUGUAAGGAAUGUGGUAAAGCCUUUAGCAGGCUUUCAUCCUUACAAAGACACAUGAGAAUUCAUACUGGGGAGAAACUCUAAAUGUCAGCAUUGGGGGAAAGUCUUCUGUAGUCCCCUAUCCUUAAAAAAAAUUCAAGAGUUCCCUUGUGGUGCAGUGGGCUGU